AAUCUUAAAUAAAUGGAAAGAGGAAAUUUCCCAAGUAAACUAGGUGAAGCCAGAGCAACUUCUCAAAAAAGAACUUCCCAACGGAGCGACAGCAGAGAGACUUUGUUUAGAACCCCUAGCCCAUGCCAACCAAACUUUGGACUACAAGUUAAUCCGAAAGUGAGAGCUUUUCAGCCAAUAGAAGAUCUUCUUCAUACUUCUCAAACUGAGGAACCUCAAAGCUCAGAAGGAGGCUUCAGUGAAACACAAAUUCAGGACCUAGAACAGGCCUUGGAUGGCUUCAAUAUCAAAGAUCUCGGAGACUGGUAUGACCCAGAUAACCAUUCCCUCUUCCAAUCAGAAGAGGACGAGGACUCUUCAGGUCCUGGCUGGGAGUCUGAUGAACCUGAAAUAUUUACCAAAUCUCAUGGAAUCUUCCACCCAGAGGAAAAUCUCCCAGAAAAGGUCAGUAAUACCCAAGAGGAGCUCUUUGCUUCAAAGAGCUUGGGAGCCAAGAGAUCUCUGUCCUCUAAAGAGGUUUACUCCAGACUUAGGGAUCACAUAGAAAACAAGCUCUUGAAGAUAGAAAAAGCAGCAGAAAAUACUCAGAAUUCUGCAAAUCUUCAAGAGAUUGAGGUUAUUCAGACCUGCAGGAGUGUUCCUACUUUCUUACUCAAAUUGUUGGUGACAUCAGAGGAAUAUAAGCACUCUAGUGCUUCUGGUCUCAAUGAAGCCUAUGAGAGGACUUUUAAUGGAUUCAGGGAUAUAGUAAAAUACCUGGAUCUGGAAGAUGCUCUUAGCGCACAUCUCAACCAAUUGCAAUAUAGUACAACAUUAACCUUUGCAGGAAUCUCCUUUCCUCUGGAAGAAGUGUGUACGGUUGCUAGAGUUCGAGAUGAAGGUGAUAAGGCAUCGCUACAAUUAUUAAUGAGAGGAAGGGAGAACAUCUCCCUCAGAAACAUCAGCCAAAAAGUUGGGCAAAAUCCAAUGCUAGGACUUCUUUUCAAGGUUGUUCUUAAGGCAAUAGAAGAGUCUCCUUUACCACUCAAGAAUUCACUAAGAAUUUUAGAGACAUUAGCUUCAUUUUAGACAUUUUAAUAGGUACGUUAGGACUUAAUCUACCUCACACAUAAUUUG